AUGAAUCUGUUUCCUCCUGGGACGACCCGGACUGAUGCGUUGAGAACUUCAUCAGACCCCCAAGGGCCGGGCCCUUAUAAUAUUUCGAGCAGCAGCACCAACAGCACAGCUCCUAUCCCUCCUCUUCGCAGGGAUGAUACAGAGCCGAUCACAGUAUCUAAGCAAUGGCCGACUUUGUCUCGGUCGGCGGCCGCAGUGGUCAAACCCGACACUGAGAGAACACCCGGACCACACAAGGCAACCAGCGCUGUUGCAGGUCGGCCAGCUCUUUUCUGGGUCCAUACAAGUCCAAAAUCUAUUUCCAAUGGCACCAAGCCCGAGGACCUGAAACGGAGACGUGUAGCUUUCCACCCCCCGGAGACCGAUCACGAAUCUGCCCAGGUCCAGGUCCGGCCCAAGGCUGAGCUUCAUGCAGCUCAAGCAUGUAUGCGAGAGCACUCAACUGACCGCCAAGGCCAGGAAGAUGUAGUAAUUUGUUCGGUGUCGUCCCCCAUUCCCCGGAGCAUGGGGCUACAAUCGGCCAUAGAUCCGUUCAAUACCUCUCAUACUCCUCUUACCGAUCGCAUGAUGCGGCAUCUACAGCAUUUCUUAGUUGACCUUUCCCAAGACGGCGUCCCGUUCCAGAACCGCCGGCUCGACACGAUCAAAAGACAUUGGGGUGAAUUGAUCCAAAACAAUGAGGCCUGUCUUCAUGCCUGUAUCUGUGUUGCUUCCUCGGAUGUAGCCUUACGAACCAGUGAACUGCCCCUCAAGCAAUCCAGCAACAGACGAUUAAGUCCUCUGCUGCUCGACACCUUUCAUCACCGGGGAGAAACAAUCCGGCUGGUCAAUAGUGGUCUCUCGGACCCUCUCAGGGCAGCCAGUGAUGGUUUGAUUGCGUCUGUAUCCAUGCUGCUGACGAUUGAGAUUGCUACGGGUACCCCCGCCUAUCUGAAGAUGCAUCUAGCCGGGCUACGACAAAUGGUCGCACUGCGCAAAAGUUUCGUAGACGUUCCAUAUCCCGUACGAUAUCAGAUUUCAUGGACAGAUAUACGCGUCGCAUGCAUGGCCUAUACCAAACCCAUAUUUCCCCCGGUCCGCAAUACUCGCCCUCAAGGAUAUCCUAUCUUGCCACCCACUACUCAACUCGCCCUUCUCGCGUCGCCUUUACUACAACAGCCACAAUUGCCUGAUGCGUUAAUUGGGCCGCAACUCUCCGAGAUCAUCUUUGAUCUGGUGCAGCUCACCUGGUACGCCGAGGCGAUCCGGGCCGCUGAUUACCAGAACUACGACGAACAGACUGAAGAUUAUUUCAACGGGGAGGUCUUGUAUAUUGAAUACAUGCUCCUCAGCGACCGUUAUAGCCAGACCGGAACUGUUAAAGAAGAUGCAUCGAUCGAAGGAUGCAUACGGCUCGCUUGCCUCCUCUUCCACAACAGCAGCAUUUGGGCGUUCUACCCCGCCAAUGCUGGCGUCUUCCCACAGCCCAUCAUCGCCUUGCGCACAGCCCUGGAAGGAGUUCUGGCCACGGGAGCAUUUUCCGCCUAUCCGGAUCUUCUGGUGUGGAUUUUGGUCAUGGGCGCCUGUAGUUGCAAUGUUGCUCUGGCCCGCGAACGCACGUUCUUUGUCCAGACCCUCGCGCGGGUGGUGCGACUGCACGCGAUCACGUCGUGGAAGGAGCUCCGUGCCCGCCUCAUGCCGUACUUCUAUCUCGACCGAUGUUAUUUGGCUUCCUUGCAGCUUUUGUGGGAUGAGCUCUUGGCGGCACUUGUCCAAUAA